AUGACGGACGGCACGGUAAAUAGAUUAGUUCUCGACGAGUUGGAAUAUGACAUUGAUGCUAUGCGUGAAGAGCUUAUGAAAUACCUUUCAUCCAUUAAUGAUGAGCAGAAAAAAGUGUUCAAUGAUAUCAUGGAUGCUGUUACAAAUGACAGAGGUGGACUGUUCUUUCUUUAUAGGCAUGAAGGAACGGGAAAGACUUUCAUAUGGAAAACUCUAUCGGCUGAUAUCCGUUCAAAAGGAGAAAUAGUUAUAAAUGUUUUUUCCAGUUGUAUUGCUUCGCUUCUACUUCCAGGGGGCAGAACUGCUCAUUCCAUAUUUGGACUGCCAAUAAUUGUACAUGAGAGCUCCACAUGCAGCAUCAAACAACAGAGCCCACAGGCAGAGUUGUUGUCUAGAGCACAGCUAAUCAUAUGGGACGAGGCACCGAUGAUGCACAGGUAUUGUUUCGAAGCACUCGACAAAACAAUGAAAUCUAUACUUGAUUCAUAUAUGCCAUUCCGAGGCAAGGUUGUAGUGUUUGGAGGGGACUUUCGGCAAAUUCUGCCAGUUGUGUUGAAAGCAUCGAGACAAGACAUUGUUCAUGCUACAAUCAAUUCAUCACCGUUGUGGAGACAAUGCAAGGUUAUGAAGUUAAACAAGAACAUGAGACUUGAGUCGUCCUCCUCUUCCGCCAACGCAGAUGAAAUAAGAACAUUUGCGAACUGGAUAUUGAGAAUCGGCAAUGGCGAUGCUGGCGAGAUAAAUGACGGUGAUGCCACAAUUGAAAUUUCCCGAUGA